CCCAAGUGUCUUUUGUUUGACGACAACAUAAUGGUAAAACCAAAGGUUGGAAUCAACGGAUUUGGCCGUAUUGGUCGCCUUGUGCUCCGAGCUGCUGUGGAAAAGGACACCGUCGAGGUUGUCGCUGUCAAUGACCCCUUCAUCAACAUCGACUACAUGGUCUACCUAUUCAAAUAUGACUCCACUCAUGGUCGUUUCAAGGGAACUGUAGCCCAUGAGGGUGAACACCUGGUUGUGAGCAAGGAAGGCAAGAGCACUCACAGNAUCAAGGUCCACAACAGCAAGGACCCCGCUGAAAUCAAAUGGGGAGCUGAUGGAGCUGAAUACAUCGUUGAAUCCACUGGUGUCUUCACCACUGUCGAAAAGGCAUCGGCUCACUUGAAGGGUGGGGCCAAGAAGGUUGUCAUCUCUGCUCCUUCUGCUGAUGCUCCGAUGUUUGUGAUGGGUGUGAACCACGAGACCUACAACGCAGCCAAUAACCACAUUAUCAGUAACGCUUCAUGUACCACCAACUGUCUCGCUCCUUUGGCUAAGGUCAUUAAUGACAACUUCGGAAUCAUCGAAGGACUGAUGACUACCGUACACGCAACUACCGCUACACAGAAGACUGUCGAUGGACCUUCUGGAAAACUGUGGCGUGAUGGACGUGGUGCUGCUCAGAAUAUCAUUCCAGCUUCUACCGGUGCAGCUAAGGCUGUCGGUAAGGUCAUUCCCACCCUGAACGGCAAACUCACUGGAAUGGCUUUCCGUGUGCCCACGCCUGAUGUGUCCGUUGUCGAUCUCACUUGCCGUCUUGAGAAACCAGCCAGCAUGGACGAUAUCAAGAAGGUCAUCAAGUCCGCUGCAGAUGGCCCCAUGAAGGGUAUCCUGGGUUACACAGAAGACCAAGUGGUGUCGACUGACUUUGUGUCUGACACUCACUCUUCGAUCUUUGACGCUGGAGCAUGCAUCUCUCUCAACCCGAACUUCGUCAAGCUCAUCUCAUGGUAUGACAACGAGUACGGAUACUCGCAUCGUGUUGUCGAUCUGUUAGCCUACAUUGCAAGCAAGGCCUAA